AUGCGUUCGUUGACUCUGAAGCUGGUCGCGCUGGCGGCGGCGGCGGCAGUCGUCUGCCUCCAGGGAGUGCUCUCCGAAGACGUGCCAUACUACAUGCACCGGUGCGAACGGGAUGCUCCGGACGUGAACGAAUGUCUACGGUACGCGGCCAACAAGCUGACGAGCUACAUCCACCGCGGAAUUCCGGAGAUCGGCAUCGUGGAAGUGGAGCCGGUCGUCGUCGAUGAGAUCAGCAUCUCGCUGGGAUCGGGCCCCGAUGGCUACCGAGCCGCUUUCCGCAACAUCGAGGCGUACGGCGUCAGCAACCUGUCAAUCGUGAACGUGCGCUCGGACAUUGACGGCAUGCAAUUUCAGAUGACGAUUGAGAUCCCGAAAAUUAAGGCGACCGCACGGUACCAAUCGUCCGGGGUGCUGCUGCUGCUGCAGGCUUCCGGGGCCGGUGAAUACUGGGGAGACUACGAGGGCGUGAAGGCCAAGACCUACUUCAAAGCGACACCGUACACCGGGGACGACGGGCGGACCUAUCUAACGGUCGAGCAGACCAAGAUGGACUUCAGCGUGAAGGACAUUAGGAUGGGCGUGGAAAACGUCAAGAAUCAGAACGCCAUCAUCCAUGCCGCCAUGAAUUUGUUCAUCAACACGAACGCCCAGGAGUUGCUGAAGGAGAUGAAGCCGCAGCUACGCAGCAAAUUGACCGAGCAUUUGCACGCCUUUCUCCAGCAACUGUUCGAUCGUAUCCCCGUCGAGCAGUGGCUUGACUGA